AAACUAAAAUAUGAAAAUAUUUUUAAAAAAUGUAUUGUGGGUGUCUAUUUAAGUAGUGGGAAUUGGGAAUUGUUUUUAAGUACUGGAGUUUGGUGCGAGUGUGAGCCCUGUUUGAGUGUUUGUUGGUAGAGCUAGUACUAGUAUUUGUAAAGAUGAGCUAUCUUGGUGUUGGGGUGAGUCCGGGGAAUGUUCCAGUGUAUCAUGGGAGUAACUUGAAAGUAAUUGAUCGGAGGGUGAGGCUUGCGGAGUUGGUUUUGAGGUGUGUGAUCUGUGGUUUAGGUGUUGUUGCAGCUGUUCUUGUGGGUUCUGAUACCCAAGUCAAGGAGAUCUUUACCAUCCAGAAAAAAGCUAAAUUCACAGACAUGAAAGCCCUUGUGUUUUUGGUGAUAGCCAAUGGGUUAGCUGCUGCCUACUCACUGGUUCAAGGGUUGAGAUGUGUUGUGAGCAUGGUUAGAGGAAGUGUGCUCUUCAACAAGCCCUUGGCUUGGGCUAUUUUCUCUGGUGAUCAGUUGAUGGCGUACAUGACAUUGGCUGCUGUGGCUACUGCUGCACAGUCCGCAGUGUUUGCUAAGUUUGGGGAGACAGAGUUGCAGUGGAUGAAGAUAUGCGAUAUGUACGGGAAGUUCUGCAACCAAGUGGGGGAGGGAAUAGCCAGUGCACUGAUGGUUAGCCUUAGCACGGUGAUCCUCUCCGGCAUUUCAGCUUUUAGUCUCUUCCGCUUGUAUGGAGACAACAAAGCCAAGAGCAGUGGGAGAUGGUAGUAGGCUAAACUAAACUACCUCUCUUUUUACCACAAAGAUAUGUAACUUGGUGGUCUUUUCCUAUAAUGUGUUAAGGCCUUGGUCAGAAUCAAAAGUGCAGUGUAAAACUUACCAGGAGACCUUAAAUUUUUGUUUCAAUAAUCAAAGUGCAAUGUAGAUUACUUAGAAACAAUUUACGAGUGGUGUGAUGAAAUUGAUCUUGAAAUGGUAAUUUUUCAUCUC